AAACAAAGUCCAAAGGGUUCUUCAUGAAGCUCAUGCUGGAUCUGAGAGAAUCUUUUGACUUUGGGUGAGGGAUGGGGAACAAGCAGAGCUCAUCCGUCUGGCUGCUGGAGCCGUCGAUGAAGAAGGACUUUCGCAAGUCUUAUGAGGUGGUCCGUGAGCUCGGGAAGGGUCCCUCCGGCGGCACCUUCCUCAUCACUCACAAAACCACCAAACGACCCUUCGCCUGCAAGUCCUUCCGCAAGUGCUUCCUCACCCGUUCCGACAACCUCGUCAACGUCCGCCUCCUUGUCGACGUCAUGACCCGACUCGCCGAUAAAGGGAACAUCGUGAAACUGCACGAAGCCUGUGAGGACAGACGCUCGGUGAAUCUGAUCAUGGAGCUGUGUCGGGGAAAGGAAUUGUUCGAUUGGGUCAAGGAUCAAGCGCAUUACUCGGAGAAAACGGCUGCGAAUUUGUUUAGGCAGAUAGUCGCUGUGGUGCGUGACUGCCAUUCCGUCGGCGUGAUGCACAGAGACUUGAAGCCCGAGAGCUUUCGAUUCUUGAGUGAAGAGGCCAAUUCCCCAUUGAAAGCCGUAGAUUUUGGUCUCUCCGUCUUCUUCCAGACAGGUCAGAUCUUUAAGGAUCCAGUUGGAACCAAAUCCUACAUCGCUCCAGAAGUUAUACUUAAGAAGUAUGGACCGGAGGCGGAUAUCUGGAGUGCUGGAGUGAUUCUGUACGUGCUUCUCUGCGGCUACCCGCCUUUCUCUGGAGAGGACAUAUACGACGCCAUUAUCCGCGGACAACUUGAUUUUUCAAAAGACCCUUGGCCUUGCGUAUCCGAAAGCGCCAAAAGUCUUGUGAGGAAAAUGUUACAAUUCGAUCCCAGAAGGCGGCCCACGGCUAGUGAGCUGCUAGAGAAUGAAUGGCUGAGAGAGGACGGGGUGGCGUCUGAUGACCCGCUUGACAUUACCAUUUUGUCAAGGAUGAAAACAUUCCAGGCCACGAACAAACUAAAAAGAGUAGCCCUAAUGGUUAUUGCAGAGAAGCUUUCCGAAGAAGAACUCAAGCAUCUUAAGAAGAUUUUCGAAUCUUUAGACAGUGAUCAGAGUGGGAAGAUCAGCCUGGAGGAGAUGAAAUCAAAGUUGAGUUCUACCAUGAAAGAAGCUGAAAUAAAAGACUUGAUGGAAGCUGCUGAUCUCGAUGGAGAUGGAAUGGUAGACUACUCGGAGUUUAUAUCAGGCACAAUCGAUAUCAAUGGGAUAAAACUAGAGGACCACUUCCAAACUGCCUUCAAAUACUUUGACCACGACGAUAGCGGGCACAUAACCAUGGAAGAGUUGGGGCGAGCCCUGAAGAAAUACAACAUGGGGGACGAGGAAAGCAUCAAAGAGAUCAUUGCUCAAGUUGACACCAAUAACACAUUCAGGCUUGUGGUUGUGUCAAACAGGACGGAGAAAUCAACUUUGAAGAAUUUGUUGCUAUGAUGAAGAAGCCAACCUAGACAUUGUGAGAUUGAUCGGCUAAAGCCGAGGCUGCACCUUCUCCUCCAUUUACAGGCCAUUCUGCUUCCUUUGCUUGAGCCUAAUUAAACAAUGAUACUAUUUUUGAUUCUAUGUACUCUUCUUGUAGUAAGGUAUCCAUUGGGUUAUAUAUAUAUACAUAUACAUAUAUGUAUUUGGCAAGCGAAGAUAAUCGGGUUUUGGUUCGGAUUUGAUUA